AUGGAGGGCCCGCUCCAUUCUUCAACUUUAUGCCUGAUUCUCGAACGAGGGCUUGAUGUCCACGCUGCACAAACAAGAAGAACAUGUGAGAGGGAGAAGACCAGUUCCCCCGUGGUUCCUCCGAUGAUCAAGUUAGUGAAACUCGAGUGGGGAAGAGGAAGGUCAAGAACCAAUGUGAUUUUUAAGGUGGCAAGAACUGUGCGUGCCCAGAGGAUCUACGUGAGCUUCUCUGUAUGGACGAAGAACUGCCAAACCUCAUUUGAUUCGCUCCCUCGUUCGGGGCUCUUCUUCCAAGAUCGGAGGAAUUCGAGCCCAAAAUGUCGAGAUCGAAAUGGAGGAUUUCUCCAUACUCUUUUCUUCUGCUGCUCUCAUUUGCCUCUGUUCCCUUAUCCGGAUCCAGCAGCAGCAGCAGCAGCAGCAGCAGCGAGAGGCAGCGAGAGGGAGAGGAGGAGGAGGAGCGUGAUCGACGUCGAGGGUGGGCCCCAGUCUGUGGUGUGGGCGGUCCAGCUGUCGGAUCUCCACUUCAGCGUCUUCCACCCCGAGAGAGCUCAAGAUUUCAAGAGGCUGGUGGGCCCCGCCCUCUCCAUGAUCAAGCCUUCCCUCGUCCUCAUCACCGGCGAUCUCGCCGAUGGAAAAAGCAAAGAUUUGCUAACCAUGAAGCAAGAGGAAGCAGAGUGGAUAGAAUACAGAAACACAAUGGAAGAAAUCAUUCAGCAGAGUGGACUGGAUGAGAAAAUUUUCUAUGAUCUGAGAGGGAACCAUGAUUGUUUUGGGGUGCCAGAAGUUGGUGGAGCAUAUGAUUUUUAUCAGAAAUAUAGCUUGAACUCAAGGCUGAGACGACAAGGAGAUGUCCAAAGCAUCACAUUACAGAAUGGAGGAUGGAAGCAUGUUUUUAUCGGUUUAGAUAGCACAAUGGAAAUUGGUCUACGUGGUCCAACAAAUCUCUUCGGUCAUCCAACUGACAAAUUACUUGCAGAUUUAGAUGCAGAACUUUCACAAUGGGACGCCGAAGCACCAAAGUCAUCCAUAACAAAAAUAUCCUUUGGGCACUUCCCCCUGUCCUUUUCAGCAUCAUCAGAUACAGGGAAAAGUUUGAGAGAUGUCUUUCUUAAGCAUUCCAUAUCAACCUAUCUUUGUGGGCAUCUUCAUACAAGGUUUGGGAAGAAUCUAAAGCGCUUUCAUACUCUGCCAUCGGGAAAAUAUUAUCAAUUUAACAUUCAACAAGGAACUGCACAUGAUAUUGGUAAGCAGAAUUGCUCUUUGAAAGCUGAACCUGCCAAAGAAUUUUGGGAGUGGGAGAUGGGUGAUUGGAGAAAGAAUAGAGCUAUGAGGAUAGUUGCAAUUGAUUCUGGUCACGUGUCCUUCUUAGACACUGAUUUCAAGUUUGGAUCCCGGGAUAUGAUUAUAUUGCCUACUUUUCCUCUGGAUUCUCGAUUUAUGCAAAGGGUUUCGUACUUGCGUGACUACAAAUGUCAAACCAUGAGAACAUCGUCAUAUGACACCAUAAGAGCUCUAAUUUUCACAACGAAAAGGGUUGUUUCUGUUUCUGCAAAAAUAUAUGAUUCUCUGCCCGGGACUCUUAGCUUGGUGCUAGAUUCCUCAAUGGUAAAGCUUGACGAUAAUGGAACUCGAGGGGACUUGUAUGUGGCCCCAUGGAAUUGGAGGGCAUUUGUAGAUUCAUCUCCAGAUCGAUAUUGGCUGCAAAUAGAAGCAAUCGACAUUUCAGGAAGUAUUAAUUAUAGCCAACUGAGGCCUCUCUCUAUUAAUGGACUUCCUUACAAAAUUAAUUGGAGAUGGAGGGAAUUCUAUGUUAUGGGUAUUCAGUGGGCUGCGAUGUAUCAUCCUAUUUUGUGGACGGUUAUUGCACUUAUAUUCUCUUUGUUGAUUAUGCCCCAAGCGUUUUUAAUGUGUUCAAAGCAACCCUACACAUACAAAAGAGUCAAUCCUAGCUUCACCGGGAGAAGUCAGAGGGAAUGCAUGCUCCCUGGUGCAUUUUGGGUCUUGAUGGAGCUUUCUAGGGCUCCAAUUAUAUGGACAGGAAUUUUCUUAUAUGUGCUCUAUCUCAUGUUCUUCCCUUGGAUUUAUGGGCAUAUUUUUACUGAAAGUAAUAAGAUGGCAUACAUGAACUACAAAGGUUGGAAUGUUAGCGGGUAUAUUGGGGUGCCUGAUGUUAUGGUAGUUGUUAUACCUCACCUAUGCUUUGUUGUUCUACCCACAAUUUUAGUUGCUGCUGUUCUGACUUCAGAAAGGACAGCGUAUAGGACGCACUUCUUCUCAUUGUCAGGGAAGAAAGAAGAUGAUCAGUUUGUAGAGGGGAAGAGACAUGUUAAACAUAGAAUUUUUUGUGAUGCAUUUUGCUUCUCUAGCUGGCGUUGGUUGAGAAAAUUCUUUUUGCUGAUUUGCCUGGCGAUUUUGUGGAAACACUUGAAGCAAUGCAGAGCUCUGGUGAAAGCUUACGAUAUGAACCCUGUACUUCAUGCUCCUGUAUAUUGCUUCUGGAUUCCAGUACUGCUGGCAUACACAACAUAUAUAACUGCAGCAGUUUAAGUGCAGUUCUCAAAUGCAUAUUUUACGAGAUUAAGAAUCUCAAUUUUUUUUCCUACAAAUACAAGGAUUAAAGAGUCAUUGUAAAGAAAACUAUUUCUAUGCAAGAGAUGGAAUUGAGAAUCUUAGGCCCCGUACUGAAUACUGACUUAAUUUUGGAUCCAGAGAGGGGUUAUGUAAAAUACUUAAGAGUGGGCGUCACGUGUUGGAAACAAGCGCACUGAUCCCCUCUAUCAUGAUCUUAUUCUUAUUGUUAGCCGAAAGCAGUGCCAAUGUGCUAUAUUUUUUACUCAUCUUUUUCAUGCUAUUAGGAUACAAGAUGAACUCUUUUAGUUUA